AUGCCAGCUUUCACUUGUGGUUGCCGUCAGGGAGCGACUAAGCGAGUGGGCCCGACCAAUAGAAUUAGCGGCAACCUCAAUUCAAUCAGGGGUUUCACUUCAUCACGAACAACAAUUGCAACUCUGGACGAUGUCCGACUAUUAUCUUCGUUGACUUGUCCGCACGAUAAAUUCCACGAUGCGUGCCCCGCAUUACUCUCCUCCACCUACGUCGUCAGUGUGAACCGCCAGAAAAUCGAACUUUUCUGGGAGCGACAUCCUCGCCGAUUAAUGCUCUAUCCAGAACAGAGCAUGGGAAAAAGACCGCUGACAAGAACUGCUUCGGUUGCUUCUGGCUCGUCAUGUCCUGGUGGUCGCCGGCCCGGGCCUCCGCCCAAAAGAACUUUCGUUCCAUCCACAGAAGACCCGAUUGACCACGGUAGAAAUUUUACAAACGACUCGAAAGAAGAAAAUAUUUACUAUGGAGAUAUAUCACCGGAGGAUGCCAUGGCCCAGGAUGCCGGGUACGAGGCGGACGUGGAGAUUGUCAGACCUUAUGCUAUUGAGGAGCCCGACGAAGAGACAGAUCAGACUCCUACAUCGACCACUACACCAAAACUGCUAGAGUCAACGGAGCAAUGGCAGAAGGAAUUGCUGAAUUCUUUACGGGGUCUUUAUUGCGACUCGGAUAGCACAGAUACGCCUCCACUAGUCAGACACAAACGCGGCAGAAAAAGAAAGACGGAUUUCUCGAUGACUGCGUAUCCAGAUUUUCAUAGUCCUCCGCAACCUGUAAGGGACUGGGAUGCUGAUAUGGGAGGAGGAAAUAUUCUACUGAGCCCCAAGAGGCGGCGGAGAAAGAGUGCGAGGUCGGGUGAAGACAUUGGAGUGUCUCACGGCAGUCUUUUGUCUAGUGAGUAUGCGAGCACGACCUCUAGUCCGCCGUACUUGUCUCCGAUCAAUCAUGAAAAUGAGAGACCGGUUUUGAAAAGAGAAUUGUCUGCGAAGGAUCGAAUGGAUAUUGAUUGA